GCCAACAUUGACAUUUGAGUGUUGACGGCUAUUGGUAAUUGAGGUGUAAUCGGGGCCUCCAUUCACCCUCGGUCCAACAAUGGCAAGUACAGUCGACUGCCCUGGUCCCGUUACGACCAAACUUCCCCAGUCCCCGGACAAGAAGCCAGGACAGCUCACGGACCAACAGCUGGACCAAUACUACGAAAACGGCUUCCUGGUGGUGACGGAUUUCUUCAGGCCCGAGGAGCUGGAGCCGUGCAAGGAGGCGAUUAGUGAAAUGGUGGACGAACUGGCGGAGAUGUUGCAUAAAGCGGGAAAGAUUAAAGACCGUUACAAAGAUGCUGGGAUUUUCCAGAGGCUGACAUUACUAGACAAGGAAUUUCCCGGGGCGUUUGUUCUCAUGUUCAAGCAAGGAAAGCUACACAAGGCCUUCCGCGAUCUGUGGUCAAACGAAAGACUACUGAACAUCAUGGAGCAGCUCGUCGGCCCCGAAGUGUCUUGUCACCCGGUGUGGAACCUCCGGCCCAAGGUGCCGAAGAACGACGCCACAGCGGUGCCGUGGCACCAGGACAGUGGCUACUUCGACCAGGAGUCGUAUGAUCACAUCAUUCCGACGACGUGGAUACCAUUCCUUGAUACGAAUGCAAAUAACGGCGGAAUGCAGAUGGUGAAACGCGCCCACAGACACGGUCGCGUGGUCCGUCACACCUGCUGUUGGGAAAACACCUGGUAUAUUGACUUAGCUGAAGAGGAGAUGGUGAAGUCCCUUGGGGUGGACAUCGAGAGAGAUGUGGAGACGGUGGAGGUGCCGUAUGGGGGGUUUCUGUUGUUCCAGAACAUUACACCUCACAGAAGUCUACCAAACAGCUCUAACGAUGUCCGCUGGAGUAUAGACCUGCGCUGGCAGUCACCGCAUGAGAAAUGGGGUUUUUAUGACAUCCAAGAGGGCGCCCUCAUGAGACACCCAGACAAGCCAGACCUGAAAGUCGACUGGGACAAGUUCAUUGCUGUCAACAGAAAGAAGGUCUGGCAGGACAAGUAUUGCAAAAAGACCGACGAGACAGCUGAUGAGUUUGACACGACUGUGACUGGGCCUUGGCUAGGACGAUGGGACAUCGUUCACAGGAACAAACACACCGAGGCAUUCGUCAGAGCCAUGGCGGUUUAAUAGCAACACUUAGUUACACCUCCUCUCAUUAGCACCUAAGAAGUCUUCAACAAACGUUGGGAAAAGUUCUUAAAGAAAUCUAAUGACGUACUCUCUGGCUCCUCUAUCGUUAACAUCGUUUAAUCAAAUCCUUUCUGUAGUAUUGCGCAUCAAUUUUCCCGAUUAGUCGCGCAUCGAAACCCGCGUACAAUAGCUCAAUCGCCAGAUCAAAUGUCUUCGACGAUCAAUUAA